AUCAUCAUGCGGCUCAAAAGUAUUAUAAAAAGAAACAACAUAAGAUAAAAAAUAGUAAGUGGGAUAAUAAUAAUAUUAUUAAUAUUUAUUUGUGAAAAGAAGAGAUAAACAUUCUCCUUAGUUUUGGCAAACAAACAAGAAAACUCUGUUUGUCUUCCUUGAAAAUAUCAAUGGAAGGAGAAGGUGAUAAGUGGCAGCAGCUGUGUGAUGAAGAUGUGGCUCUGAAUAUUCCUCUAAUAGGUGCAGAACAUGAAGGAAGCAACGGUCACAACAACAAUGUUACCACAUCUUUCCUUAAAACUUGUUUCAAUGGCCUCAAUGCUUUAUCAGGUGUUGGAAUAUUAUCAGUUCCAUAUGCUUUAGCCUCAGGAGGAUGGUUAAGUUUAGCAAUUUUAUUUUCUAUUGCAGCAGUAGCAUUUUACUCAGGAAUCUUAAUGAAAAGAUGCAUGGAAAAAAAUUCCAACAUAAGAACUUAUCCUGAUAUAGGUGAACUUGCAUUUGGAAAAACAGGAAGAUUAAUAGUAUCAAUUUCAAUGUACACAGAACUCUACUUGGUUUCAAUAGGGUUCUUGAUUCUAGAAGGAGAUAAUUUGAGUAACUUAUUUCCAAUUGAAGAGUUUCAAGUGGUUGGUUUAUCAAUUGGUUCAAAGCAUUUUUUUGUGAUUUUGGUUGCACUAAUUAUUUUGCCUACAAUUUGGUUGGAUAAUUUGAGUCUUCUUUCUUAUGUAUCUGCAAGUGGUGUGUUUGCUUCUAUAAUCAUAAUUUUGUCAAUAUCAUGGACCGGAGCAUUUGAUGGAGUUGGUUUUGAUCAAAAGGGUGUUAUUGUAAAUUUGAAUGGGAUCCCUACAGCUGUUAGCUUGUAUGCUUUUUGCUAUUGUGCUCAUCCAGUCUUCCCUACUCUCUACAAUUCCAUGAGGAACAAACAUCAAUUCUCUAAUGUCCUAAUUGUAUGCUUUAUAAUAACCACUAUUGGUUAUGCAUCAAUGGCUAUAAUUGGUUACUUAAUGUUUGGUUCAAAAGUUGACCCACAAGUAACAUUAAACUUACCACUAAACAAAAUGAGUUCAAGAAUAGCAAUAUACACAACUUUGGUUAAUCCAAUAACCAAAUUUGCUUUGAUGGCAACACCUAUUACAAAUGCUUUGAAAGAUUUACUUCCAAUGACAUACAAGAAUAACAAAGUGACCAACAUCUUUGUUAGUACUAUUCUUGUAAUUAGCACUGUAAUUGUUGCAUUAUGUGUUCCUUUCUUUGGUUCUCUCAUGUCAUUGGUUGGAGCAUUUUUAAGUGUCACUGCCUCUAUUUUGCUUCCUUGUUUGUGCUACUUGAGGAUUUCUGGCACUUAUAGGAAAUUUGGGUUUGAGACAUUUGUUAUAGUGGUAAUAAUAUUAGUAGCUAUAGUGAUGGGAAUAUCUGGGACAUAUACUUCAGUUGUUGAAAUAGUACAAAAUUUGUAAUAGCUAGGUAAUUUAUUAUGUAGUGAUAUAUUUUUGGGUUACAUAGGAAAGUGAAAUUGGAUUUUCUUAUUUGAUUCAUUUAGGACGGCUGUGGUCGUUGGAUCGAAAUCAAAAAAUUUAAAUUUCGAUUUAAUAACUACGAUUGUUCUGAAUGUUUCAAAUAAAUAACUUCAGACAAUCAUAGGCCACAAGAUAAUAGGUAAGUAGUGGUGUACCGAUGUUGCAUUUAUUUUUGUUUGUAGGGAAUGUAGAGAGUAACUGAUUUCAUGAUGUAACAAUUAUAUACAUUUAUACCUAAUUCUCUCCUAUUUUGAUCUUGGCUGGAAAA